GCAGUCGAAUCCUUAUUGAUAAGGCUGUUAGAAAUGCAAUUCCAACCUGCAAUUUCAAAGUUACCUACAUUUUUAAAUGUUUAGAAUCUCCUUUAUGGGUGUCACCGUCUCGAAUCUUUUCUCUCCAUUCUCCAGGAAAAAGCAAUUGAGAAUCGUUAUGAUUGGACAUCCAUCGUCUGGCAAGACGACAAUCCUGUACCAUUUGAAAGGCGGAGAAAUCGUGACCACCAUUCCAACCAUUGGCUUCAACGUGGAAACUCUGGAACACAAAAACUUUAGCGUCGACGUCUGGGACAUUGGAGGUGGCGAUAAGAUACGUGGUCUCUGGCCACAAUAUCUUCGUGAUGCUCAAGGAAUUAUAUUUGUUGUUGACAGCAAAGACAAGGAUAUAAUACAAGAAGUCUGGAACGACCUAAAAUUAAUGUUACAAGACGAACGCUUGCGUAAUGUGCCGAUUCUGAUAUACGCCAAUAAGCAAGAUUUAGCCGAAUCCAUGAGUGUUUAUGAGUUGGCGGAUAAGUUAGACGUUAACUGUCAAUUAGCCGGUAGACGAUGGCAUAUCCAAUCGGCAUCAGCUGUACAAGGUAAUGGACUGCGAGCUGGAUUCCUUUGGCUGGCUAACGAGCUUCGCAAAUUAUCGUCAGCAACCGACAAGUAACUGGAACUUGAAUUUCAACCUCAUCGUCUAUCUAAAAAGAAGGCAAC